UGUCCGAAUAAACCAAUCAGCAAACGCAUAUACCAUUUCUUGCAGGGUUCAAUUUCCAUGGCCGGGAGGGAUCAUCGUCUACAAAUAGUCAAAUAUACUAUUAUAGAUUCAGCCCCCUUUUUCUGAAUUCGCAGUAUCCCAAAAUAAAUUCCUUCGACUUUUAUUUUAAUUUAAUUAAUUUGGAAAUGAUGAUGAUGCAGCAAGAAGAAAACGGCGGCGGCGGCAGAAAUGGUGGGCUGUGCAGAACUUCGGAGGCGGCGGCGCCGCCGCGGCAGCUGAAGCUUUCUUUUCGGGGUGAGAGCUUCGCGGAGGCUGCAGGCGGCGGCGGCGGCGACCUCUUCACUCCGCCGCUCAACUUUUCAAUGGUGGACAGCGGUAUUUUCAGGUCCGGGUUUCCCGAUUCCGACAACUUCUCCUUCCUCGAAACCCUCCAUCUCCGCUCCGUCAUAUAUUUGUGCCCGGAGCCAUAUCCAGAAACCAACGUUGAGUUUCUCAGAUCAAAUGGGAUUCAGUUAUUUCAGUUUGGAAUUGAGGGACACAAAGUAAGAUGUUUUUAUUACCAUUUUUUUUUUUAUUAUAUUUAUUAUUUUCUUUAUGUCAAGAAUCAUCCUCUUCUGAUUCAUUGCAAACGAGGAAAGCACCGAACGGGUUGCCUAGUGGGGUGCUUGAGAAAAACGCAGAGGUGGUGCCUCACUUCUGUGUUCGACGAGUAUCAGCGUUUUGCAGCAGCCAAAGCAAGAGUUUCCGAUCAGAGGUUUAUGGAGUUGUUCGACGUUUCUUCGCUCAAGAAUUUGCCCAUGUCCUUUUCAAUUUCGAAGAGGUAUAAACAGUAAAA